GCACUGGUUUUUGUAGCACCUAGGACUGCAAAACCUGAACUGUACAUCGCUCAUCAAGAAUAACUGAUCAAGGAAAUCAAGGACAGCAUCCAACAUGUCUCAGGAUGAAAGAGCCAAGCAAAUCCUGAAGGGAUUCAAAUUAAACUGGAUGAAUCUCCGAGACGCAGAAACUGGGAAAAUUCUGUGGCAGGGUACAGAGGACCUUUCCAUUCCAGGGGUUGAACACGAAGCUCGUGUACCAAAGAAAAUUUUAAAGUGCAAAGCUGUUUCUAGGGAGCUAAAUUUCUCUUCUGCAGAACAGAUGGAGAAGUUCAGACUGGAGCAGAAAGUAUACUUCAAAGGGCAAUGUCUAGAAGAGUGGUUCUUUGAGUUUGGUUUUGUGAUCCCCAAUUCUAUGAACACUUGGCAGUCCCUAAUAGAGGCUGCCCCAGAAUCCCAGAUGAUGCCAGCUAAUGUUUUAACUGGUAAUGUCGUCAUAGAAACAACUUUCUUCGAUGAUGACCUCCUUGUUAGUACUUCCAGAGUUAGACUUUUCUACGUUUGAAGGUGGAUUUGCAUUUUUUUUCCCAAAUGUUCAGCUUUUUAUUUUUUUUUGUGCUAAUUUUACACAUGUAUACUGCUCAUCUUUUAAGACACUGCAUUGGGUGAUACAGACUUAUGUGACAUCAGAACAUACACUUUGUCAUUACAGACAUAUUGAAGAGUGCAGGUCAUGCAUUAUUGCUGACCAGUUCUUGUACUCUGUUUUACACUUUGCUCUAUAUCUAGCCCAGCCUUGGAGUGACCACAGCUUAUCAAGGCUUGUGUUUGGACUGUGCUUACUACAUGGCACCUCUUCAGCACUCUAAACAGAAAGGAGCAGCACUUCACUCUAUCUACCCUAUACACUUGCAAUAUGCUGGUACUCUUGGCUUGCUUAUGUUUACAGGCAGUUCCUACAUUUAUAGAGAUUUCGGAAACCACGGAAAGUUGUAGUAUUUAUCACUUUUGUCUUGUGGAGUCUGUAGAUGUCAUAUGUUAACCAAUUCUGCAUUUUAGUGUGUUAAUUUGCGAA